UUGGAAGAAGUGGUACGAGAGGUACGGAAAGUGCUGGGGGAAUUCCUCCGGGCGAAUCCCAAAGCUUGGGCUCCCGUCGUAUCCGCUUGGUCCAUCGAACUGAUGGGGCAGCUGAGCAGCAAAUACGCCGGCAGGCACGGCGUGCCGCACGCCUCCAGCCUGAACGAACUCCUCCAGCUCUGGAUGUCCUGCGAGGCCACCCGCUCCCUGAUGGAGAUUUACACCCAGUGCCUCUCCGCCAUGAUCGGGGGCUGCCCCGACGCCUGCGUGGACGCCCUCUUGGACACCUCGGUCCAACACUCGCCUCAUUUCGACUGGGUGGUGGCUCACAUCGGUUCUUCUUUCCCCAACACCAUCAUCAACCGCGUCCUUUCCUGCGGCCUGAAAGAUUUUUGCGCCCGGGGGGUUUCCCCCGCCGGGGGGGAACCCCUUUUCCCCCCGGCCGCCGACAAACGGGCGCCCAAAAUCGCCUCGGUGGUGGGGAUCUUGGGCCACUUGGCCUCCCGCCACGCCGGCAGCAUCAAGCAGGAGCUGCUGCGGAUGUUUCACGACAGCCUGGCUCCCGCCAGGGACCAGCACCAAAAAGCCGCCGUCCCUUUCCUCCUCCAGCUCGCCGUCAUGUCCCCGCCGCUCCUGGGCGCCGUCUCCUCCGAGCUGGUGGAUUCCCUCAAACCCAACGUCCUCAACCAGCUCCACCAGCAUUUCGCCUCCCUCCCCCGCGAGGACCUGGAGAACAUGGUCGGCGUCGUCGUCCGCCUCCUCUGCCAAACCUCCGCCGGCGCUUACCGCAUCUUGCAGUUUUUGGUCAACACCGCCAUGCCGGCGUCCGUCAUCACCCCGCCGGGUUCCAGCCUCCACGACGGCGUGCGGGAAGCCUGCGACCGCGUCAUCCAACUCCUCCUCCUCAACCUCCAAAAACUGGUUUACAACCGGAACGGCCCCGCUUUGACCGAUUCCCCGCCUCGCCCCGUCCCUUUUUUAGACGCCCUGAAACCGCACGUCCGGGAUCUCUGCGUGGAGACCCUGCGCUUGGAACGCAAGCGGUUCCUCUGGCAGCACCAGCUUUUGGGGCUCCUGGCCGUUUAUUCCCCCCCUCACUGCGCCGCCGACGCCCUCUUCUUCCUCCUGACGCUGGCCCGCACCCAGGAGGAGCUGGCCCUGGCCACCCAGCUCUACGCCGUCCUCAGCUCCUGCCUCCUCGACCUCCUCCCCGCCACCGUCAAGACCUGCGUCUGCCAGAUCCACGCCGGCGGCUUGCCGGCGCCUCAGAUGGUUCAGCUGUUCCGCAAUUUGGCUGCGGUGGUGCGGUGGGAAGGCGGCGGGGAAGGGGGAGCGGCGGCG